AAUCUCGGAUUGACCCGGGACGGCGGGUUUCAGGAAUUCUGUCUCGUGGACCCACGGCAGGUCGCGAGGGUGCCGGAGGGUGGCAGCAUGAAGGCAGUAGACAUUGCGCCGCUCAUGUGCGCGGGUGUCACGGUCUGGAACGCUCUGCAGGCCGCGGGAUUGGACAUGACUGGCUCAUCGGCGGCCGAGAGUGGCAGGCAGAAGAAAUCGGUGGCGAUCGUCGGGGCGGGAGGCGGUCUGGGCCAUUUGGGGGUGCAAUUCGCUGCAAAAUUGGGAUGGCAUGUAGUGGCCGUGGACACAACGCCUGCAAUCGGGAUGCUGAAAGCCGUGGUUGAAGAGCUUGAUGAGGAUAGCGCGAAUGUCACCGUGGUGGAUGCCCUGCAAGAGUCUGUCGAGGCCGCGAAGAGGCGCCUGUUUGGAGAGCCAGCGAAAGGCCUUGAAGGCGAAAAGGGUUGCGAUGCAUCCCUGAUCUUGCCUGAAUCCCAGCCAGCAUUCGACUUUGGGAUGGGAAUCAUCAAAAACCACAGCACGUGCGUGUGUGUGAGCUUUCCCAAGGAUGGCUGGCGGUUUAAACCUGGAGAUCUGGUAUUUCGGCAUAUUAGACUGGUGGGUGUCUUGACAGGCCGGAAUCACCAGUUGCAGGCCAUGGUCGACUUCGCGGCCAAGAAAUCCGUCAAAGCCAAGAUCAGGACGUAUCCUCUCGAAAAGCUCAACGAGUUGGUGGAAGAUUAUCAUCGUGGCGUGGGAGGAAAAUUGGUAGUCGAUAUGGAGUUGAAGCCAUGA